CUUCACUGGGCUCUCCUGGAACACAGAGACUAUUUUUUUUCUACUAGUGAAGGGAGGGGUGGGGGUUUCAGCCCCACCCUAAGGAAGAUUCAUCUUCCCCCCACCUCCUGCUCCGUGGUACUUCCUCUCUGGCUGACUUAGCUGACAGCACCCAGACCUGGGGCUAGGCCCCGGGCACUGGGACAGAUCUGGGGAUAGGCCACACCACCCUGCCCUGACCCUGGGAUUGGCACCAGCUUCCAACCAGUACUUGGCAAAGCCUGUCCUUGCAAUGGCCAUGAACACUACAUCUCCUGGAGCAGCAACCUCACCAGGUGUCUUUUUCCAACCGCUGGCCAUCAUUUUACUAUCACUGGCACUGGUUGUGGGGCUUCCUGGCAACGGAUUCGUGGUGUGGAGCAUCCUGGCAAAAAUGCAGAAGCACUCCGUCACUACCCUGCUGGUCCUGAACUUGGCCUUGGCCGACUUGGCCGUAUUGCUCACUGCCCCCUUUUUCCUUUCCGCCCUGGCCCGAGGCACCUGGGACUUUCGACUGGUUGGCUGCCGCCUCUGCUUCUAUAUCUGCGGGGUCAGUAUGUAUGCCAGCAUCCUGCUUAUCACGGCCAUGAGUCUGGACCGCUCACUGGCAGUGGCCCGCCCCUUCUUGUCCCAGAAGCUGCGCACCAAGGCGAUGGCUGGGCGGGUGCUAGCAGGCAUUUGGGUGGCGUCCGUACUGCUGGCCACGCCCGUCUUAUUGUACCGCACGGUGGCCUUGCAAAAGAACAACAGGAGCCUGGCCUGCUUCAUGAAGUACCCUACUGAAGGACACCGGGCCUUCCAUCUGCUCUUUGAGACCAUCACCGGCUUCCUGCUGCCCUUCCUGGUCGUGGUGGCCAGCUACUCCGACAUCGGGCGCAGGCUGCAGGCCCGGCGCUUCCGCCGCAGUCGCCGCACCGGCCGCCUGGUGGUGCUCAUCAUCCUGGCCUUUGCUGCGUUUUGGUUGCCCUAUCACGUGGUGAACCUGGCCGAGGCGGGCCGCUCGCUGGCCGGCCUGGCCGCCUGGUCCGGGCCAGCGGGGAUGCGGCUGCUCCUGACCCACAAGGUGCUCAUCGCGCUCGCCUUCCUGAGCAGCAGCGUGAACCCUGUGCUGUAUGCUUGCGCCGGCGGUGGCCUGCUGCGCUCGGCCGGCGUGGGCUUCAUAGCCAAGCUGCUGGAGGGCACGGGCUCUGAGGGGUCCAGCGCCCGCCGCGGGGGCACCUUGGGCCAGACCAUGAGGGGCGCCCCCACCUCUCCUGACCCUGCCCCCACCGAGGAUCUCACUGCCUCCUCCAACCCUCUAGAGUGAAGCGAACUGAACUAGGCCUGGUGGGUGGUGAUGGAAGGAUGCUCACUUUCCUCCUGCUGGAGGGCCCUCCUGCUGGCCUGACCCAAUUCUGUACCCCAAGGAGGAGAAUGAGAGUGGGGGCUUGAGCGGAAGAAGAGAGAAGGAGGGGCAAGUGGCUGCCGACUGAGAAAGCCUGCUCGGGCCUGGCUCUCAAUGGCAGCUUUACAAUUAAAACUGAAAUCUGAAAUUGGGUCAGCAUUGUGAGUGGGGCUUGUGUGUGAUGGGGGACUGAGUGCUCACAGGUGGCCCUUAUGACAUCCCUCUGAGUCAUUGAGAGUCACAUCCUUUAAUUCCCCAUGAUUUUCAACUCUGGAAGGACUAAAAAAAAAAAAAAAAGGUAACAAAAAAAAGCAAACCGUUGAGGUGGAGUCCCAUGUGUUACAGAGUAGAACUGCUCCAUAGGGUUUUCUUGGCUGAAAUUUUUAGGGAAACAGAUUACUAGGCCUUUCUUCUGUGGUGUCACUGGGUGAAUUUCAGCCACCAGCCUUUAGGUUAAUAGUCAAACUUGCCAGGCCUUUCUUUUUUGGCAUCACUGAGUGGGUUCCAACCAUAAACCUUAAGGUUAGUAGUCAAACAAAAGCCAUUUGCAUCACCACUGGGACCUAAAAAAGACAUAGAAAUCAUCCCCUCCCGCCCUCAGAUGAUUCUGAGGCAGCUAGUUUGCAGAUCAUACCCUGAAAAAUGAAGGUCUACAGACUACUAAGACUCCUAAAGAUGCUGAUCAAGGAAGGCAAUGUGAACUCAUGACUCCAGACUCCCUGACUCAGGGGAUCUUCUGAUAAAACUUAGCGCUACUAUGACACCAUCUACCCCGUAGCCUGUGACAGCUAUUGUUCGUGCGACUUUCCAAUUUCCUGCAAUAAUCUUCAUCUCUCAGCAGGAGAUGGUCUUGGAAAUCCCCAUCCUUUCCUCCAUCUCCCAAGGAGGUCUCAUUUGAGAGCCAAAUCAUCAGAUCUUAUUCCCUAGAAUUUGCCCAUCAGCAUCCUGCCAGCCCCUAACACACGCCCUGGCACAGGGUGGGGCCUUCUGUGGCCACAGUUACCCCAAGGAAAUAAAGAUUCCCAAAAGUGAGAGGGAUGAGUCAUUAUUUCCUAUGUGUCACUGUUGUCUUAGACAGCUUUGCCUAGCUCUGUUCUAACAACAUUUUGGGAAGAUGGCAGCAGCAGUGGAAUCUGUACUUGUGGAGUCUCUCCAAAAGAGCAGCCAGGGAAGCAAACUCAAAAAUUCAUGUGCCUGUAGAUAAGAACUGCUUUGGGUGAAGGGAAAGACAACACUCAAUACAAGGAAGGUCAGCCUAAUUGGACUGGAUUAAAAGCAAAGAGGUUUCUGGGAUAAAGUGAAAGCUUCAAAGGUCAGCGGAGCAGGGGCUGGGGUCUGGGGAACUUGGUUUGAGGGGACUUCUAAGUCAAUGGGCAAAAUAAUUCUAUUAUGAAAACACUCUGCAUCCCACUUUGAAUUGUGGCGCCUGGGGUCCUAAAUGCCAACAAGCGGCCAUCUAAGAUACAUCAAUUGGUCUCAACCCACCUGGAGCAAAGGCAAAGGAAGAACACCAAGGUCACACGACAACUAAGAACCCAAGAGACAGAAAGGGCCACAUGAACCAGAGACCUACAUUAUCCUGAGACCAGAAGAACUAGUUGGUGCCCGGCCACAAUCGAUGUCUGCCCUGUCAGGGAGCACAACAGACAACUCCUGAGGGAGCAGGAGACCAAUGGGAUACAGACCCCAAAUUCUCAUGAAAAGACCAUACCUAAUGGUAUGAUUGCGACUAGAGGAAUCCCAGAGACAAUGCUCCCAGAACUUCUGAUGGCAGAGGACAGGAACCAUCCCCGAAGACAAAUCAUCAGGCAUGAAAAGGACUGGUCAGUGAGGGGGAGAGAGAUGCUGAUGAAGAGUGAGCUAAUUAAAUCAGGUGGACACUGGAGAGUGUGUUGGCAACUCUUGACUGGAGGGGGGAUGGGAAGAUAGAGAGAGAGGGAAGAUGGCAAAAUUGGCAUGAAACAAGAGACUGUAAGGGCUGACUCAAUAGGGGGAGAGCAUGUGGGAGAAGGGAGUAAGAUGUAUGUAAACCUACAUGUGACAGACUGAUUGGAAUGGUAAAUGUUCACUUGAAGCUUAAUUAAAAAAAAAAAUUAAUAGCAAGAAAAAUUAAUCAAUAAAAAAAAAAAAUUCAUGUGCAACA